UUAAAAAUUUAAAAUAAAAAUAGAAGAAUGUAAAAAUGAAUUUUUUAGGGGCAUGACUCGUGAGGCAAAUAUGCCAAGAUUUUGCUAAAAAAGUAAAGUCAAACUCUAACGGUAUCCGACUGCAUAUGGAUAAUUUUUUUAUGAAUCCGUAUGGACGGUCAGCUGCCGCUCUCCAAUUGGAAAUUAAAAAUACAUAAAAUGAUACAUCAUCUGGAAAAGCAAAAGCUUAUAAAACAGUCCAAACUCCAUCCUUGCAUGUCUGCUCUCCGUUCCAAUUUACGAUGGCAAACUUCGUCGACAUAAACUCCGGCCUUUGCUCCAAAACCAUGACGUUCCACAGCCUUCGACCUCCCGUUUCACUUCCACCCGAAUCCGCACCCCUUUCACUUACCGACUUCAUCUUCUCUCUGCUCAACUCGUAUCAUCCCUCCCCCAACGCUGUCGCUCUCAUCGACGCCACCACGCGUCAACGUAUUCUCUACCCCGAACUUAUCUCCCGCUUCGAAAACCUAGUCGCCUCUCUCCGCAAUCACUUUGGCCUCUCCAAAGGCGACUGUGCUUUUGUCUUCUCCCCUAACAAUAUUUACACUCCCAUUCUUUACUUGUCUCUCCUCUCUCUCGGCAUCGUCAUCUCUCCCGUCAACCCAGCUGCCACAAUCCCCGAGAUUCACCACCAAAUCCGACUUUCGAAACCGGUAAUCGCUUUUGCCUCGUCGAGUUCAGUUCAUAAAAUCCCUUCGCUUAAAUAUGGAGUCGUUACUAUAGAUUCGGUUGAAUUCGAGUCGUUAAUGGAAUGUCAAAGUGAGAAAAAGGAACAAGAAGGAUUCAAAGUGAACCAAUCAGAUGUGGCCACGAUUCUCUACUCUUCCGGCACAACCGGUCGGGUAAAAGGAGUUGCGUUGACUCACCGUAACUGGGCAGCGAAUAUUGCCGGAGGAAUGAGUCCGGGGAGGAAGUUCCCCAUGGUUACUUUUUGUACGGUUCCAUUAUUUCAUGCGUAUGGGUUAGCGGUCAGUUUGAGGACUGUGGCGUCGGGGGACUGCGUGGUGAUAAUGGGAGGAGGUGGGAAAUUUGAUGUGAGAAAAAUGUACAGAGUCGUCGAGGAAUAUAGGGUCAGCCAUUUGGCGCUGGCUCCACCUUUGGUUGUGACAAUGGUGAGAGAUGCUGAUAUAAUGGAUGGCUAUGAUUUGAGGUCGCUUGAAGUCAUCAUAUGCGGAGGAGCUCACUUGAGUAAGAGUAUGAUCGAGAGGUUCAAAAAACGUCUGCCUAAAGUUCAGCUGGCGCAGUCAUAUGGGCUAACUGAAACAACGGGGCGAGUGUUUGCCACCAUGGAACCCGACGAAAGCCGAAUAGAAGGUGCGACGGGGAAGCUUAUGGCAAACUGUGAAGCUAAAGUUGUCGAUCCUGAUACUGGUUCUGCUUUGCCUCCUUCCAAGCCUGGAGAGCUUUGGGUUAGAGGAGCUAAUGUAAUGAAGGGCUACGUUGAUGAUGAAGAGGCUACUGCUGCGGUUUUGGAUUCAGAGGGAUGGUUAAGAACUGGUGAUCUUUGCUAUAUCAACAAUGAUGGUUUCCUGUUUUUUGUGGAUAGGAUAAAGGAGUUGAUCAAAUACAAAGGCUACCAGGUUGCCCCAGCUGAACUGGAGCAUCUGCUUAAUUCGCAUCCAGAUGUCGUCGAGGCUGCUGUUGUUCCGUUUCCGAAUGAGGAAGCGGGUCAGGUACCAGUGGCCUUUGUUGUAAGAAAAUCAGGCAGCAACAUUGAUGAAUCAACAAUCAAGGAUUUUGUUGCUCAACAGGUUUCUCCAUACAAGAGAAUACGAAGAGUAACUUUCAUUGAUUCAUUGCCAAAGAAUGCCUCAGGUAAGGUGCUGAGGAAGGAGUUGAUGAUCAAAUUAUCAAGUCCUACCUCCAAGUUGUAGAAUUCUGCCAUUUUGUAAGUGCUAAUGAUAGAAAAAUUGCUAUAUGUUGUUGACUUCUUGUUUAUGUAUUUUGUAUAACUGAAAAAUUUUUACAUAUAAUCACAAAUAAUCAAAAUAAAUUUAGCAAAUUUGCUCUUAAAAUAAUAGGAAUAUACAGAAUAUUUAUACUAUUUUUAAUUUUUAGAUGAUGUAAUUCUCCUUUGUUCUCUCAUCAUGAACCACAUUUCAUUGCUCUAUCUGACUAAUGAAAGAAAACAAAGGAAAGAAAAUGAAGAGUUAUCGCUAAAUUUUGCUGCGUUAAACAAAGGAAGUGACUAAUAAAAAUUAUAAAAAAAAACUAGAAAUAGCAACUAUGGAUGGUCGUCUCAGUCAGCUAAAUGAUGUGUUGAGAUGUAGCCUUCAACAACCGUCACCAUCUCUUGAGUUUCAUCAAAGUCAAUGGCAGAGCAGAGGUAAGUGAAUUAGUUCAUUGGGUUACUUUGUUGGCAUUUUUUACUUUCAAAUAACAGAGAAGA